AUGGGUUCUGUUGAAUCUGGGAGAAAAUGCCAUGGGCAGGUGGUUAAGCAUGGGCUUGACUCUGUGCUGCAAGUGCAGAACUCUUUGAUUCACAUGUAUUGUAGUAGUGAGAAAGUUGAGCUUGCUAGAAUGGUGUUCGAUGAAAUGUCCGAAAGGGACCUGGUAUCCUGGAAUACAAUUCUCGACGGCUAUGCUAGAUUCGGUGAUUUGGACGUUGCUCAUAGAUUGUUUGAUGAAAUGCCAGAGAGAAAUGUGGUAUCUUGGAAUGUUAUGCUUGGUGGGUAUUGGAAGGGUGGGAAGCCGGGGUGUGCAUUGAAGCUGUUUAGGAAAAUGAUGGGUAUGGAAUUGAAGGGGAACAGCACUACCAUGGCGAAUAUGCUUGCGGCUUGUGGUCGGUCGGCUAGACUGAAUGAAGGAAGAUCAGUUCAUGGAUAUUUAAUUAGGAAAUUAUUUGAGUUUAACAUAGUGGUCAGCACAGCUUUGAUUGAUAUGUAUUGUAAAUGCAAAAGGGUGGAAGUGGCGUGCAGAGUAUUUGAGAGCAUGGCGAAUAGGAACCUGGUUUGCUGGAAUGCAAUGAUUUUGGGGCAUUGCAUCCAUGGAAAUCCUAAAGAUGGACUUAACCUAUAUAGAGAAAUGGUGGGGAGAAUGAAAUCAAAAGAUGGUGAAACCAUCCCUGCAAAGGGGAGUUCGAGGCCAGAUGAUGAUGGAGGAGGAAUUAUCCCAGAUGAAAUUACAUUCAUAGGCGUUCUUUGUGCGUGUGCCCGUGCUGGACUUGUAAGAGAAGCCGCAGAUUACUUCAGCCGAAUGAUUAAUGUAUUCUGCGUAAAGCCCAAGUUUGCACACUAUUGGUGCAUGGCUAAUGCUUUUGCUGGUGCGGGGCUUAUCCAGGAGGCAGAGGAAAUAAUUAAGAACAUGCCAGAGAUUGCUGAGGACUUGUCAUCGGAAUCCUUGGCAUGGGCUAAUUUGCUUGGUUCAUGUCGUUUUCAAGGAGGUAUCACAAUGGGAGAAAAAAUUGCAAAGUCCCUCAUUGACAAGGAACCUGAAAACAUUGCGUACUAUCGCUUGCUGCUGAAUGUCUAUGCUGUGGCGUGUCGAUGGGAGGAUGUUGCUUGGGUGAAAGAGAUGAUGAAAGAAAAAAAGGUUGGAAGAAUGCCUGGAUGCAAUCUUGUGGAGUUGAAUGAAAUUGUCCAUAAUUUCAGAGUUGGAAGACAUUGGCAGGAGAAUUGUGCAUUAUGA